GCGGAAAUUUCAAAUAUAUUUAAUUAUUAAUGCGUCUGCGCGCAACGCAUUUAAUGCACAAGCAGCCGCCGCCGCCGGCCUUGGCAGUCGCGGCUGCAUUGACUGCAGAGCGGCAACAGUAGAGCUUCAACAAUAACAACAGCAACAAAAACAAGGACAUCAAGAAGCAGCAGAACAACAAGAAUAACAACAACAAUGGCUGGUGGCAGCAAUGAUACCACGCCGCUCUAUUGCGGCACGGGCACGGAUAAUUUUCAUACGAGCUACAAGAACAUGCAUGGCUAUGUCUCGCUGGUGGUCUGCAUACUGGGCACCAUAGCCAACACACUGAAUAUCAUCGUGCUGACACGUCGGGAGAUGCGUUCACCCACAAAUGCGAUCCUAACGGGCUUGGCUGUGGCCGAUCUGGCUGUGAUGUUAGAGUAUAUACCAUAUACGGUGCACGAUUACAUACUGAAGGAUAGCCUGCCCAGGGAGCAGAAGCUGAGUUAUGGUUGGGCCUGCUUCAUCAAGUUCCAUUCGAUCUUUGCGCAGGUGCUGCACACCAUCUCCAUCUGGCUUACAGUUACGCUGGCUGUCUGGCGGUACAUUGCGGUGGGCCAUCCGCAAAAGAAUCGGGUGUGGUGCGGCAUGCGCACCACCAUAAUAACCAUAACAACAGCCUAUGUGGUUUGUGUGCUGGUGGUUUCACCCUCACUGUAUCUGAUCACGGCCAUAGCAGAGUUUAUGGAUCAAUUGGAUGUGGAGGGCAAUCUGAUCAGUAGCAUACCCAUGAGUCAGUAUGUUAUUGACUAUAGAAACGAAAUGUCUGCUGCCCCAAAUGCCACGCCCACUAGCCCCACAGCCAAUGCUACGCAGUGGUUGAAUAUGAGCGUCUUGGCCACAACGCCAGUGCCACCAACAGCCGUGCCGCCCGCCUCUUUGGUGGUGCGCAACGUGACCGUCUAUCGGCUGUACCAUAGCGACCUGGCGCUGCACAAUACUUCCCUGCUGACUGCAACAUUUCUGAUUUACAGCGUGCUCAUCAAACUGAUACCCUGCAUAGCGCUGACCAUACUCUCGGUGCGGCUCAUUAUGGCACUGCUCGAGGCAAAGCGACGACGCAAGAAGCUCACCAGCAAGCCGGCAGCCAGCAACGGCACCAAGACUUUGGUGAACGGCAAGGCAGCGGAGCGACCGCGCAAGAAUAGCAAAACGCUGGAGAAGGAAAAGCAAACGGAUCGCACCACCCGCAUGCUGCUGGCGGUGCUGUUGCUGUUCCUAAUCACAGAGUUUCCGCAGGGUAUUUUGGGACUGCUGAAUAGUGUGCUGGGCAAUGACUUCCUCAUGCAGUGCUAUUUAAGACUGAGUGACCUUAUGGACGUACUGGCUUUAAUCAAUUCUAGCAUCAAUUUCAUACUCUAUUGCACCAUGAGCAAACAAUUUCGCAGCACAUUUACGCUGCUCUUUCGACCCAAGUUCCUGGACAAGUGGCUGCCGGUGGCACAGGAUGAACUUGCCGCGUCAAGGGCCGACGGACUGCAGCGCUCUGUGGUGGCAGCGGCGCCUGACAAGUGCCAGUCGACGCACAAGCUGCCACAAGUGGUGACGCUUGCCGCAACCACAACGACAAACAAUGCCACCGAAGUGACGAAUCUGUAGCACGAGCAGCAGCACCCCAAGC